CACCCGUGGGUUUGUUUAUAGGUUCGGAUCGGGUCGCGCGAAGCCCACCGGGAGUAUCAGUUGGGCCUCAUACGAUCCACUGGGCUUUCAUGCAGAGUCCAGCUCGCGUACUUUACGACCCGCACGGGCCGGCGGACGCAGCGGUGUUCGUUGGCCGCGAUCGCGCGUGCUGCUCGUACGUGUCGUGUCAGAGUGAAGCCAGUGACCGGCGUCGCUCCCCUCCCCGCCGCGGCAGGCCGGCAGCGAUGGGCAAGGGCGGCGGCUGCCUGCCCAGCAAGAUCCAGCGCCCCCCGGCCCCGCAGCGCCGCGACCGCACCUUCAUCCCGGCCCCGGCAACCACCCCCGCAUCGGAGCCGGCCCCGGCAACCACCGCCGCAUCGGAGCCGGCACCGGCCACCGCCGCGCCGGAGCCGGAGACGGCGCCGGCACCGCAGCCGGUCCGCAUCUACGUCGUGUUCUACUCCACGUACGGGCACGUGCGGCGGCUGGCGCGGGCGGUGCAGCGCGGGGUGGGGUCCGUGCCGGGAGCGCUGGGGAUCCUGCUCCGCGUGCCGGAGACGCUGCCCUGCGCCGUGCUGGCCCGGAUGGGCGCGCUGGAGGCCGCCGCGGAGAUGGACGCGGAGGGGAUCCCCGUGGCGGACCCCGGCGGCCUCCCCGACGCCGACGGGUUCCUCUUCGGCUUCCCCGCGCGGUACGGCGCCAUGGCCGCGCAGAUGCAGGCCUUCUUCGACUCCACCGCGCCGCUCUGCCGUGGCCAGCGCCUCGCCGGCAAGCCCGCCGGCUUCUUCGUCAGCACCGGCACCCAGUGCGGCGGCCAGGAGACCACCGCGUGGACGGCGAUCACGCAGCUGGCACACCACGGCAUGCUGUUUGUGCCCAUCGGGUACACCUUCGGAGAGGGGAUGUUCGAGAUGGAGGAGCUCCGCGGGGGCUCGCCGUACGGAGCCGGGGUGUUCGCCGGCGACGGCUCGAGGCCGCCCACCGAGCUGGAGCUGGCCCUCGCCGAGCACCACGGCAAGUACAUGGCCACGCUGGUCAAGAGGAUGGUGCACGGCGCCGAUGCCUGAUUCAUCAUCUGGUAGAUUCUACUUGGAACCGUUUUUGCUCUGUCGCUGCUGCGCUGGACAGCAUCGUUUUGUACAUAAACAGCAUUUCUAUUUAGCCUAGCUUCAGAAUUCAAUUCAGAUUAUACACUGCAAAA